CAAAUUUAACACACACCAAUUGAAUAUCUAAGUAAAAUUUCCUGACACACACAAAAAUAUACGGAACACACAAAAUGUCGCCGUUGAUGGUCUGUUUGAUCCUGGCGCUUGUCUUGCUGCUGCACAGCGAACAUCCUGUCGAUGCGGAUGCCUAUCAUGCCAUAUUCAAACAUGACGAUUAUCCCAACAAGUGUUUUGUUAAAUUGCCCAAGGGCGAUAAAUUGCUGAUCGAUAGCGAUCAGUACGCACGUUAUCCUGGCAAGUGCGCUGAAAUUUAUUGUGGCCGCAACAGCUGGGCCUUGGUCUAUGCCUGUGACACAAAAUAUCCGCCCAAGGGCUGCGAAUAUGGCGAUUAUAAGUACCCCGAUGCUCCCUAUCCCAAAUGCUGUCCACGUCGUGUUAAAUGCAACACUGUCUAAUGUUAAGUCUAUAUUAUUUGGCUUAGUUUCAUGUUUUUUUCUUCUCGUCAAAUUCUGCGUUGCUACUUUAAAUCAAUAAAAAGUAGAA